CUCUCACACACCGUCCACCGCUGUCAUUCAUCCGCCGAUCAGUCCAUUCAUUUAUUAUAACCGUGACAUUAAGAGGAUAUGGGAGGGAAACAUCUAAAAGUCACUCCAUGGGCACUUUGGACCAUACUUAGUUUUUUUCUGUACGGAGUUCUGCAUGGGCAAGAUGAACAGGAGUGCUGUCAGGAUGGGAGGGAUCGGGCCCUGGGAGGACAUGACUGUACAAUCCUCCCCUUCAUCUCCAUCUCCCACACCUGCAGGAUCGUCCAGGCGCAGUGCUGUGCAGCAGCAGUAGGAGACCAACUCUGUGACAAAGGCAUGACAAUGGCCAAGAAGCAAGGGGCCUGUGAGCGGCCCUUCUUCUCAGGACAACCCUGGGAAACCAAGAUCUCGAAGAUGUGUUGUGACUGCUGUAUGCUCGGCCUGAUUACAGCGAGCCGGGCGUCCAGCUGCGAGCUCCAGGGUUUGUUUCUGGAGAGGCAGUGUACGCACACGGCUAAAACCUGCUGUGGCAUAAACUCAGCGGAGGAACCCAAACAAACAGUCACAGCAAAGCCUGCAGCCAGUUUUACCACCAAGCCGCCAGAGGGAUCGGAUGGCUGUAGAGACGCCAAUUGCUCACAGUGGUGUGUAGGGAACGGCACAUGUGCAUGCCUUGAUGGUUAUCAACUGCAAAAUGAUGGAGUGAGUUGUGUGGAUUCUAACGAGUGUCUGACUGGCAAUCACAACUGCGUCUACGGCCAAGUCUGCAUUAACACAGAGGGUUCCUUUCGCUGUCAGAGGGAAACCAGCUGUGGCACCGGGUAUGAACUCAGAAACGACAACGAUUGCCACGACAUAGACGAGUGUACUUUGGGCUCCCAUAACUGUGGACCAGACUUUGUGUGCAACAACACUGCAGGUUCUUUCCGCUGCUACCCGAAGGAGAGUUGCCCGAUCGGUUACAUUCAGGACGCUGUGGGCAACUGUAACGAUGUAAACGAGUGUGUUGCCUACGCCAGUCCAUGCCAGCCUGGCGAGACCUGUAGCAACACAGAGGGCUCUUACACAUGUCCCAGGAACAAAAUCCCCUGUGGACGAGGCUAUCAUCUGAUUGAGGACGGCACGCGGUGUGAAGAUGUGGAUGAGUGUCGUAUAGGGAAUGUGUGCGGCGUCCAUGGUUGUGUCAAUCUAGUUGGCACGUACCGCUGUGAAUGCAGAAAUGGCUUCAUCUUCAACAGUAUCACCAAGCUGUGUGAAGAUAUCAAUGAAUGCAGGCAUUAUCCUGUUCAACUCUGCGCCCACAAGUGUGAGAACACAGAGGGGUCCUACAAGUGCAGCUGCACCACUGGCUUCAAACUGACCCCCGACGGUAGAAGCUGUGAAGAUGUCAAUGAGUGUGAAGCCAACCCUUGCAGCCAGGAGUGUGCAAAUGUUUACGGCUCGUACCAGUGCUACUGUCGCCGUGGUUACCAGCUGAGUGACAUCGAUGGGAUAGCUUGUGAAGAUAUCGAUGAGUGUGCUCUGCCUACUGGAGGUCACGUAUGUUCCUACCGCUGCUCCAACGCCCCGGGAAGUUUUUACUGUACCUGCCCUCCUACAGGCUACGCACUCGCACACAAUGGACGCACGUGCCAAGACAUUGAUGAAUGUGCCGCGGGGAUCCAUACUUGUUCUGUCUCUGAAAGCUGCUUCAACAUUCAGGGAGGAUUUCGCUGUCUGUCCUUUGCAUGUCCGCAAAACUUCCGGCAAGCAGCACAGGGAUCUGGUAGUCAUGCUUUGACUAAUGUGCGUUGCAUUAAGUCCUGCCACCCUCAUGACAUCAACUGCAAUAUCAGCCCCGUCCACACCAUCACCCACACCUCCCUCUCUCUGCCAACCUUCAGAGACUUCCAUGAACCAGAGGAAAUAGUUUUCCUGCGGACACUUACAGCAGCUAACUCUGCUGUACCAGGCGCCACCGAUGUGUUCUUUGACAUCCAGUCUGCAGAUGACCAGUCCUCUUUUGAUAUGGAGAAACGCACCCACCACGGCAUGAUUAUGGGUGUGGUUCGGCAGGUGAAACCUAUCAUUGGCCCCAGGGACCUUGUGAUAGAGGUGGCUAUGAACUAUAUCAAGUCAAGGGUUGUCUCUCAUCGCAACAUUGUCAUCAUUAAUGUUUUCAUCUCUGAGUUCUGGUUCUGAGCUCAGCUAAGGAGUUAUUAGUUACCUAACAAUAAAUAAGUUGACAAACAUUUUGAAUUUGAAAACAUACCUGAUCUUGCUGGACAUUUAAAAACAAUGUUAGGUGGAAACUUAAUUUGCAGUGUUUUAGAGGUACUGAAAACAAUUACAGAAGCAGUUUGCAACCCAUAAAGGUCAUUUGUUUACAAUAGGUCAUUGUAAUUUCAAUGUAAAUCAGAAAAUAUACUGUACUACGAGUCUACAACCAUGCUAGCAGCUCUUUGAGGCUGUAUUUAGCCUUUAUUGAAAUUAAAUACUAAUUUCAGCAUGCUAACAUGCUUACAGUGUUAAGCUAAUAAUGCAAAUAUUUACGAGGUAUAACACCACAAAAACCUCUCAGUUUAGUCUGUAAGCAUGCUAACAUUUGAUAAUAAGCACUAAACCAGAAGCACAGCUGAGGCUAAUGUGAAUAUUAGAAGUACCAAAUGUUUGCCAAGCUAUUCAAUAGUUCAUGAGAUAUUUCAACUAACCAAACUGACAUCCUUAUAAUAGGGCCAAAUCAGCCAAAGAUAUGUGCUCCAUUUCAACUUUGAUUGUGUUUUGUACCAUCAGAAUAUGAGACCAUCUGUGAAUAAUAAAGAUUGUGUGGUUAA